UUUCUCGUUGCUUUUGAUGGUUUUUGCGGAACUUCCAGUGUGAUGCAUCUGCCUGGAGCCGGGGCCAAUCGACGAGGAUGGGCAACAAGCAGACAACCUUCACCGAUGAGCAACUGGAGGCGUUCCAGGACUGCACUUUUUUCACCCGGAAAGAAAUUUUACGGUUACAUGGCAGAUACAGAGAGCUGGCUCCACACUUAGUCCCUCUGGAUUACACCAACAACCCCGACAUCAGAGUGCCGCUGGCUCUGAUCGUCACUAUGCCUGAGCUCAAGGAGAAUCCAUUUCGAGAUCGGAUCGUGGAGACCUUCUCAGAGGACGGAGAUGGAAACCAGAGCUUUAAUGACUUCGUGGACAUGUUUUCUGUUUUGUGUGAGGCCUCCCCCAGAGAACUCAAGACCAUCUACGCGUUCAAGAUCUACGAUUAUAACCGUGAUAACUUCAUCUGUAAAGAGGACCUGCAGCAGACCCUGGUGAAGCUGACCAAAGGGGAGCUGAGUCCUGAGGAGGUGUCUCUGGUCUGUGAGAAGGUCAUGGAGGAGGCCGAUCUGGACGGAGACUCUAAACUCUCCUUCAGCGACUUCGAAAACAUGAUCUCCAAAGCUCCAGACUUCCUCAGUAACUUCCACAUACGAAUCUGAGAGGAUCCUGCUCGGACCCAGCAGUGCCUGUCCCGAACUCUGCAGAGAGCCUCCGCAAAGCACACAGGGAGAGAAACAGACAUUUGUGCAUGAAAUAUUCUCUUCAAAAACACUAAAAACUUUACAAAAUGGACCUCUUUAAACCUGAUAAAACUCCAUGGGGCUAAUCUGUUGAAGUUCGAAGACUUUGGGACCUCUUUGUAAAACUGAUAUGGACAAGACAA